AUGAUCCUGCUUCUCCUCCUAAGUAUGCUGAUGGCCCCGCAUGGUGGGGGCCAUCCUCUGGACACCCCACACCUUCCACAGGAGCUGCCUCCGGGACUCUCAAAAAAUAUCAAUAUCACAUCCUUCCCUGGGGUGUUUAAAAAUGUCGAAAGUGUCGCCGACAUUUUUGACUGCCUGGGCUCCCGCUUCACCUGGCUGCAGGCUGUCUUCACCAGCUUCCCUGAGCUGCUCCAGUUCGUGAGUGGUAUGAAGUGUGUGGCCAGUCUCUGCCCCCGGGACUUCGAGGACUACGGCUGUGCCUGCAGGUUUGAGAUGGAGGGGCCGCCUGUGGACGAGUCUGACAGCUGCUGCUUCCAGCACCGCAGGUGCUUUGAAGAGGCCGCUGAGAUGGACUGUCUCCAAGACCCUGCCAAGCUCAGCACAGAUGUCAACUGCGUCAGCAAGAGGAUCACAUGUGAGUCCGGGGACCCUUGUGAGCACCUGCUGUGUACCUGCAACAAGGCUGCCAUAGAAUGCUUAGCUCAGUCCAGGAUCAACUCUUCCCUGAACCAUCUGGACACUUCCUUCUGUCUGGCUCAGCCUCCAGAGACAACCAGCACGGAAGAGCUGACGACGCUUCUGCCCAGAGUGGUUCCCGUGGAGCCCACGAACACCAGUGCAAUGGCCCUUUCAGGAGAAGAAGCGGGCCAGGACCAGAAAGACACGGAAGCCACUGGGACCACAUCCCCUCCAGGAUCUGCAGAGAUUGUUGUCUCGACAAAAGGAGUAACCAUGGUCCCCGCCGGUUUAAAAUCUUUGGGCUUAGCUGUGUCAUCCAUCAAAAGUGGCCUGGAGGAGACAACUGGAAAAGCCUGUGACAGGUUCACCUUCCUGCAUCUGGGAAGUAGGGACAAUGCAUGGGUGAUGCCUCAGCUCGGAGAGAUGCUCUUCUGCCUGACAUCCCGAUGCCCAGAAGAAUUUGAAUCUUACGGCUGUUACUGUGGGCAAGAAGGACGAGGCGAGCCAAGGGAUGCCCUGGACGGGUGCUGUUUUUCCCACCACUGCUGCCUGGAGCAGGUGAGGAAACUGGGCUGCCUGCUUGAGAGGCUUCCUCGGUCACCAGUGGAGUGUGUGGACGGUACAGCCAAGUGUGUGGGGCAGAGCCUGUGUGCGAAGCUGCUUUGUGCCUGUGACCAGACGGUGGCCGAGUGCGUGGCCUCUGCCUUCUUUAACCAAAGCCUCAAGUCAUCGGGCGCACAUGAGUGCCAGGGCCACCAGCUGUCCUGCGAGGACAGCAUGCCCGGGGGCCCUGUGGCUUCCUCCCCUGGCUCCAGCUCUGAGGAGGACAGCGAGGAGGCCAUGUCCCACACAGAGGGCCGCAGAAGAACCAGAAGAUUUCUGGGGAAGUCACUGGGUCCUGUGGGGACUAGGCGACAACAUGGCCCCAGAGAGACCCCUGGAGAAAGCAACAAGCGCCCCCCACAAUAG